UGGUCCGAAAUCAAGGCAAAAUACAUGUACAAUGUACAUUGUAAAAGGCUCCAGGGUAUCAAAAGUCAUCAGUCGAGUCCAUUCAAACGCAUCUGGCCUGCCUGUUCAAACAACUGGUUACUCAAUACAAUCAUAGUACUCCUCUUGUUCAUUCCAGUAAAUUUUAGUUCAGACUGAGACACAUGACGUCAUGACGUUAGUUGUAACCUUGUUACAGUACUUGUGUCUUCACUGCUCUUUUCGCGCACUGGGAGUGGGACAGCGCUCUCUCGUCCGCUGCUUCACGAUUCAGCAAAGUAGACCACUGCACUGCCCCCGAGUUACCUAAGUCCUUGAUAAGUUGAUUACUAGCUGCACUGGGUGUGGUACCACAGGACUUGGCGUACGACGAUUGACGGUGUGUAGACGUGGUGUGUGUGUGUGUGUGUGUGUGUUACGGCCCUAGUUUCGUCCCCGUUUGCCAGUCGCAACAUCAUUCUACAGUGUGUGUAAAGACUUUUUAGUCUAAACAAAAGGAAGGGCACAUUCCACACAUGGUGACGAAGGGUUACCGCUCACAUUUUGGCUCAGUAUCGGUAUACGACACCUGGCCGGUGUCACAUUAUUGCCGACUGGGUGUAGUAUUUGCUGCAGUUGUAUCAAUGAAUGCUAGCUGCUACGUCUUUACCCAGUAACAGUGGCCUAUCCAGGCAAGCAUGUUCCAAGACGCUGAUGGCGACUCUGUCCACAUCAACUCCACGUGGAAAAUUGAAGAGCCGGAAAGUUGCAGUGCCGGUACUCAGACUAGUGUGAUCUUGGCUGAUGACAAGGCCACGGAGCCUGUCGAGAAGAAGCAUGUGGAGGUGCAGACUGAUGAUGCGGCCGAUGUGCAGCUGAAUGUGAAUGAGCAGCCGUUCGACAAACAGAAAGUUCUUGCAUUCCUGAAGCGUGUCUAUCCACUUGUCAGGUCACAGUUGACGGAAAAUAUCAGCAGCCAUGCCUUUCAUGGCUAUGAUGUGGACUGGAGCGAAGACUACGGCGGACUGGAUUGUAUGCAUACACUGACUGAACCAUAUCUCUCAUCGGAGAUUGGAGUUAGUGGCGUCAGCUGGAGUGCAACCGGAUCUACUGUUGCAGUUUCGUUUGGUAGACUGGACCAUGAACACUUAUGCACACACAAGGCAGGUGUUUGUACCUGGAAUAUUGAUCGCCAGUCGUUAGACGCCAACAAAGCUGAUGUCAUGCUCGACUGUAUGUCAUGUGUGAUGUGUGUGGCUUUCCAUCCCAGUACCCCAGGCGUACUUUGCGCGGGAACCUACAAUGGUGACGUGCUUGUGUGGGAUUUAUCCAAGACUGAUGCAAAGCCAAUACAUGCCAGCCCUUCAGAAAACUCACACCAAGAUCCAGUAACAAGUGUUGUCUGGACUAUAGAUGUUGCUAGUCGUGGCAAGAAGUAUCAGAUCCAAAGUGUUGGUUCUGAUGGCAAAGUGUUGACGUGGGCCUUACCUAAUCAAACAGCGGCGAUGUUGGAUUUAGUUGCAGGGCAUGUCCUUCGCACAGGCAAUGUAGUGAAGAGUUUGAAAGGUGGCUCAACGGCAGCCAGUGGUCAAUUUGGUGCAUCAAGUGUGUCGUUCUCAACGUUUGACCGGCGGCAGUUUGUUGUCGGUUGUGACAGUGGAAACGUCUUCAAGUGUAACCUGGGACACCAGACUACAUCAGGGAACAAAGGACUGCGAUCACCUGAUGCAUCCGCUGGCAAGCCUACAGGUGGGAGCAUUGGUAACGAGUCGCAGAUGAAGUCGCCAAUCACCUUCCCAUUUGUUCCUCUGAAGGGUCCCGUGUACGGUAUCGACUGCUCACCAUUUCAUCGCAAUGUGUUUCUAUCAUGCGGCACAGAUGGAUGUAUUCACUUCUGCUCCGUUCUGCAGAAUCGUCCUCUUUUCUCGGCUGAUGCUGGACAUGGCUAUCUGUACAGCAUCCGAUGGUCGCCAGUUCGUCCAUUAGUGUGUGCUGUAGGCUCUGCCGAUGGCCAUCUUCUACUGUAUGAUUUCAAGUCAAGUCAGAGCCAUCCGGUUCUAUCUCUGGAGGGUGAUUCUACGAAGAGAGCUAUUGUUGCAGUGGAAUUCAACUGCAAGAGACCUCAGUAUGUAGCAUGUGGAGGAGUGAACGGCAGCGUCAAGGUCUAUCGCUUAUCUCAUGACCUGUCCCAUGCUGCUGCCAACGAGACACGGUUGCUGAAGGACCUAAUUGAAGCAUGACAUGAACUCUUGCUUCCCUCCAUCGUGUGUAUCGUGAGCAAUUACGAACCUCGCACAGAUAAUGAACAUGUACAAACCAAAAAAGACAAAGAAUAGUCAUUGCAAAACAACUCAUUCGAGUGAACCCCCGCAUCACAACAGGCAUGUUUUUUCAAUUUGAUCACUUUAAAAAUAAAUUUUGUGCACAGUCGUUUUGUGAUUUUAUAAUAAUUAUUUACACACGAAAAUCCGUGGAACAAAAAAGUGAUUUUAAAUGUCUCUACUCACGAGUUUCAUGCUGAAAAGCAAUCAUCAGGAGACAUUAUAAUUAUUUAUAUUGGUGUAGACAUUUUACUUGCCUGUGACAACUGUUUUUUUUAAAUAUAGCAGUGGAGUAACUUAGUUACCUUGAGUUCUACAAUUGGUUUCGUCAAUUUCUUUCACCACACACUCCCGCAGCAACGAAAAAGAAGGAAAGCAAUGCUGAUUGCACUUGUCAGCAUGGA